GAACUACCAUAUAGAGGAUUAUUUGAUUUCUCAGAAGCAAAUACCUUUGACACAUAUCCUGACCCAAAUUUCAAAAAACUCUUUAAUACAUUGGUUUACAAAUCAUCUUUAUUGAAAAACACGAAAAAUCAUAGGAACUUGAUUACGACCAAUCUACAAUCUACCCCACAGGAAACUCCGAAUUCGAAAAACAAACUAAAAGUGAUACAUUUCGAUGAUUAUGAAAUCGACACGUGGUAUAAAUCCCCAUAUCCUUCACAGUACACCUCAAAUCCAAUAAUGUUCAUCUGUCCGCAUUGCUUAUCAUAUUAUGAUUCUUCUUUCACUCUCAAUCGACAUUUACUGAAAUGCUCAUUCAAUUUCCAACCGGCAGGUAGAGAAAUAUAUAGAGAUGAAGAUGAAAAAAUAUCGGUUUUCGAAAUUGAUGGUAGGAAAAAUGUCAUAUUUUGUCAAAACCUAUGUUUACUUGCAAAAUUGUUUCUCAACUCGAAAACUCUCUAUUACGAUGUUGAGCCUUUCAUGUUUUAUGUGCUAUAUGAUUAUUCAAAUAAUUCGAGCUUUAAGUUUGUCGGCUACUUUUCAAAAGAAAAAUUAAAUUCCACCGGCUACAAUCUUUCAUGUAUUAUGACCUUACCUAUUUAUCAGCGACGUGGAUUUGGGAACUUUUUAAUAGACUUUAGCUACCUCUUGUCAAAAAGAGAAUUCAAGUUAGGAACUCCAGAAAAGCCGCUAAGUGAUUUGGGUUUACUCAGCUAUAGAAGUUACUGGAAGCUUUCUGUCAUCAGAGAAGUCUACAAACUACUUUUCAAUAACGAGGAGCAGUUGAUUUUCAAAAAAACUGAUACUGACAUUAAAGAUCCUCAUUUGAAAGUUUUUUCGGUUUCAAUCGAUGAUCUAUCCAAUCUCACUGGAAUGUUACAUGACGAUGUGAUUGUUGCAUUAGAGCAAUUAAAUUCUCUAAUCACCUACGAAAGAAACUCCCAGAAUAAGUUUGCAUUGAUUUUUAGUCCAAGCUUGGUUAAAACUCUUUACACAACAUGGAAACGGAAAAGUUCCGUAAAACUAAACGGCGACUAUUUGAUCUGGAAACCCAUUAUAUUGGGGCCAUCAGGGGGUAUAAAUACUAACUCUACUAUGGUCAUUGCAGAUCAUAACAAUGCGUCAUCUGAUACCGCUUCAUAUGAAGGACAACUGAUGAAAAAUGUUUCGGUGAUUGUUAACUUUUUAAAAGAUGAUUUGGAAGAUGAUCGUGAUAUUGAAGACCAGUUUCUUGAAAAAAUAAUACAACAAAAUUCUGAAAACAAUGAACUUACAUCACAAGAAAAAAAUGAAUUUACUUUUUCCAAAGCCAGGAUCACUUACCCAGGAAUGAAAUUU